UGGUGGCGGGAAAACUUAGGAAGUUUUCGCGCCGCGGAGGAGUCAUUUUAGGGUCUGGGCGCCACUCCUAGGACUUCAAGGCCGCGGCCAUGGCCGGGACUGUGGUGCUAGACGACGUGGAGCUGCGGGAGGCGCAGAGAGAGUACCUGGACUUCUUGGAUGACGAGGAAGACCAGGGGCUUUAUCAAAGCAAAGUGAGGGAGCUGAUCAGCGACAACCAGUACCGGCUGAUAGUCAAUGUGAAUGACCUGCGCAGGAAAAACGAGAAGAGGGCCAACCGCCUCCUGAGCAACGCCUUUGAGGAGCUGGUUGCCUUCCAGCGGGCCCUAAGGGAUUUUGUGGCCUCCAUUGAUGCAACCUAUGCCAAGCAGUAUGAGGAGUUCUACAUAGGACUGGAGGGCAGUUUCGGUUCCAAGCACGUCUCCCCUCGGACUCUCACUUCCUGUUUCCUCAGCUGCGUUGUCUGUGUGGAAGGCAUUGUCACUAAAUGUUCUCUAGUUCGACCCAAAGUUGUCCGCAGCGUCCACUAUUGUCCUGCUACGAAGAAGACCAUUGAGCGGCGUUACUCUGAUCUCACCACUUUGGUAGCCUUUCCUUCCAGCUCCGUCUACCCCACCAAGGAUGAGGAGAACAACCCGCUGGAGACAGAAUACGGGCUUUCUGUCUACAAGGACCACCAGACUAUUACCAUCCAGGAGAUGCCGGAGAAGGCCCCAGCCGGCCAGCUGCCCCGCUCUGUGGACGUCAUCCUGGACGACGACUUGGUGGACAAAGUGAAGCCUGGUGACCGAGUCCAGGUGGUGGGGACUUACCGGUGCCUUCCUGCAAAGAAGGGAGGCUACACCUCCGGAACCUUCAGGACGGUCCUGAUCGCCUGUAACGUGAAGCAAAUGAGCAAGGAUGUUCAGCCGUCGUUCUCUGCUGAGGAUAUCGCCAAGAUCAAGAAGUUCAGUAAAACCCGUUCCAAGGAUAUCUUUGACCAGCUGGCCCGGUCCCUGGCCCCUAGCAUUCACGGGCAUGACUACGUCAAGAAGGCAAUCCUCUGCUUGCUCCUGGGCGGCGUAGAACGAGACCUCGAAAACGGCAGCCACAUCCGUGGGGACAUCAAUAUCCUUCUCAUCGGAGACCCAUCGGUUGCCAAGUCUCAGCUCCUGCGGUAUGUGCUGUGCACUGCACCUCGGGCGAUCCCCACCACGGGCCGGGGCUCUUCUGGAGUGGGUCUGACAGCUGCAGUCACCACAGACCAGGAAACAGGGGAGCGCCGCCUGGAAGCGGGGGCCAUGGUCCUGGCUGACCGCGGCGUGGUUUGCAUCGACGAAUUCGACAAGAUGUCUGACAUGGAUCGCACCGCCAUCCAUGAAGUGAUGGAGCAGGGACGGGUCACCAUCGCCAAGGCUGGCAUCCAUGCCCGCCUGAAUGCCCGUUGCAGUGUCCUGGCCGCUGCCAACCCCGUCUAUGGCAGGUAUGACCAGUAUAAGACCCCCAUGGAGAACAUUGGCCUGCAGGACUCCCUGCUCUCCCGCUUUGACUUGCUCUUCAUCAUGCUGGACCAGAUGGACCCAGAGCAGGACCGGGAGGUCUCCGACCAUGUCCUCCGGAUGCACCGUUACCGGGCACCUGGGGAGCAGGAUGGUGACGCUAUGCCCUUGGGGAGCGUGGUGGACAUUCUGGCCACAGAUGACCCCAACUUCAGCCUGGAUGACCAGCAGGACACCCAGAUAUAUGAUAAGCAUGACAACCUUCUGCAUGGGACCAAAAAGAAGAAGGAGAAGAUGGUGAGUGCGGCCUUCAUGAAGAAGUACAUCCACGUGGCCAAAAUCAUCAGGCCCGUCCUGACACAGGAGUCGGCUGCCUACAUUGCAGAAGAGUACUCCCGCCUCCGCGGCCAAGGCAGCAUGACCUCAGACACAGCCAGGACAUCUCCAGUGACAGCCCGGGCACUGGAGACCCUGAUUCGUUUGGCCACGGCCCACGCCAAGGCCCGCAUGAGCAAGACUGUGGACCUCCAGGAUGCGGAGGAAGCCGUGGAGCUGGUCCAGUAUGCUUACUUCAAGAAGGUUCUGGAGAAAGAGAAGAAACGUAAGAAGCGCAGUGAGGAUGAGUCAGAGACAGAAGAUGAAGAGGAGGAGACAAGCCAGGAGGACCCGGAGCAGAAGAGGAAGAGGAAGAAGCCUCGAAGGGCGGAGGCCAAGGACGGGGACUCGUAUGACCCCUAUGACUUCAGUGACACAGAAGAAGAGAUGCCUCAAGUCCAUACUCCGAAGGCGGCAGAAGCACAGGAGACCAGAGAAUCCCAGAAGGUGGAGCUGAGUGAAUCCAGGUUGCAGGCCUUCAAGGUAGCCCUCUUGGAGGUGUUCCGGGAGGCGCACGCCCAGUCGGUGGGCAUGAAUCGCUUGACAGAAUCCAUCAACCGGGGCACAGAAGAGCCCUUCUCCUCAGGGGAGAUCGAGGCCGCCCUGAGCAAGAUGCAGGACGACAACCAGGUCAUGGUGUCCGAGGGCAUUAUCUUCCUCAUCUGAGGAGGGCCGAGCUGCACCCUGGGAAGUUUCUCCCAUGCUUCCUCCCUGCCUGCCUCUGCCAUCCUAGUGGCUGCCUUCCUCAGCUGAGGGACUGAAGGAUGGACACUGGCGACAACGCUGCUGAGAGCUCGAGGGACGCUGUAGAAAUGGGCACUAGCCCUGCCAUGAUGUCAAAGAGGAAGGCGGAAGAGAACUAAGACCAGUUACUGGAUCUUC